GGGCUGCGCCGCGCCCUCCUCCCGCCUCUGGCCGCGCCGAGCUGCUGCUGCAUCUGCAUCGCCCCCGCCUGCCGCCGCCGCCAAGCAGCGCAGCCCCAGCGAGGCGAGAACUUUUUAAGGAGAAGCUGAUGCUGAGGACGGGUUAGAGUGUUCAAGAUGACGACGACAGUAGCAACAGACUAUGACAAUAUCGAAAUACAACAGCAGUACAGUGAUGUUAACAACCGGUGGGAUGUUGAUGACUGGGACAACGAGAAUAGCUCUGCGCGACUCUUUGAGAGAUCUCGUAUUAAGGCCUUAGCAGAUGAACGUGAGGCAGUUCAGAAGAAGACUUUCACAAAGUGGGUUAAUUCACACUUGGCACGUGUAUCAUGCAGAAUUACGGAUUUAUACGCCGACCUUCGCGAUGGACGGAUGCUUAUCAAACUGCUGGAAGUUCUUUCAGGAGAGAGACUUCCCAAACCAACAAAGGGAAGGAUGCGCAUCCAUUGUUUGGAAAAUGUUGAUAAGGCCCUUCAGUUUCUGAAAGAACAAAGAGUGCAUCUAGAAAAUAUGGGAUCCCAUGAUAUUGUGGAUGGGAAUCACAGGCUGACUCUUGGCCUUAUUUGGACCAUUAUUCUGAGAUUCCAGAUCCAGGAUAUCAGUGUUGAAACUGAAGAUAACAAAGAGAAGAAGUCUGCUAAAGAUGCUUUGCUAUUAUGGUGCCAGAUGAAGACAGCUGGUUAUCCCAAUGUCAACAUUCACAACUUCACUACUAGCUGGCGGGACGGGAUGGCUUUCAACGCACUAAUUCAUAAACACAGGCCUGAUCUCAUUGAUUUUGACAAGCUGAAGAAAUCAAAUGCACACUACAAUCUGCAGAAUGCUUUUAACCUGGCAGAGCAACACCUUGGUCUUACUAAGCUUUUGGACCCAGAGGAUAUCAGUGUUGACCAUCCUGACGAAAAGUCAAUUAUCACCUAUGUGGUGACAUAUUACCACUACUUUUCUAAGAUGAAAGCUUUAGCCGUUGAAGGAAAACGUAUUGGAAAGGUGCUUGACAAUGCCAUCGAAACAGAGAAAAUGAUUGAAAAAUACGAAUCACUGGCUUCUGACCUUCUUGAGUGGAUUGAACAAACCAUCAUCAUCCUGAAUAAUCGCAAAUUUGCUAACUCACUGGUUGGUGUGCAACAGCAGCUGCAGGCAUUCAACACCUAUCGCACAGUGGAGAAACCACCCAAAUUUACAGAAAAAGGAAACCUAGAAGUGCUGCUUUUUACCAUUCAAAGCAAAAUGAGAGCAAACAAUCAGAAAGUGUACAUGCCAAGGGAAGGCAAACUCAUCUCGGACAUUAACAAGGCCUGGGAAAGACUGGAAAAAGCUGAACAUGAAAGAGAACUGGCACUGCGAAAUGAGCUCAUAAGACAAGAGAAACUGGAACAACUUGCACGUAGAUUUGAUCGCAAGGCAGCUAUGAGAGAAACCUGGCUGAGUGAAAAUCAACGUUUAGUUUCUCAGGAUAACUUUGGUUUUGACCUUCCAGCAGUGGAGGCUGCAACUAAAAAGCACGAGGCCAUUGAAACAGACAUUGCAGCAUAUGAAGAACGAGUUCAAGCAGUGGUUGCUGUUGCAAGGGAGCUUGAGACUGAAAAUUACCAUGAUAUCAAACGUAUCACUGCAAGAAAGGACAAUGUUAUCCGUUUGUGGGAGUACCUGCUGGAGCUGCUCAGGGCACGUAGACAAAGACUGGAGAUGAACCUUGGUCUGCAAAAGAUAUUCCAGGAAAUGCUUUACAUUAUGGAUUGGAUGGAUGAAAUGAAGGUGCUGCUGCUGUCUCAGGACUAUGGCAAGCAUUUGUUAGGGGUAGAAGACCUGUUACAGAAACAUGCCCUAGUGGAGGCAGACAUUGCCGUUCAGGCUGAGAGAGUGAGAGGGGUCAAUGCAUCUGCUCAGAAAUUUGCCACAGAUGGGGAAGGUUACAAACCGUGUGACCCACAAGUUAUCAGAGACCGAGUAGCUCAUAUGGAGUUUAGUUACCAAGAACUAUGCCAGUUAGCAGCUGAACGCCGGGCUCGCUUGGAAGAAUCCAGACGUUUGUGGAAAUUUUUCUGGGAAAUGGCUGAAGAGGAGGGCUGGAUCAGAGAAAAGGAACAAAUCUUGUCAUCUGAUGACUAUGGGAAGGAUCUAACUAGUAUCAUCCGCCUCUUAAGUAAGCAUAAAGCAUUUGAAGAUGAAAUGAGUGGUCGUAGUGGCCACUUCCAACAGACUGUAAAAGAAGGUGAAGAUAUGAUUGCUGAGGAACACUUUGGGUCAGAGAAAAUCAAGGAACGAAUCAAGGACAUUCGGGAGCAGUGGGCUAACCUUGAGCAGCUCUCUGCCAUUAGGAAAAAGCGCCUGGAAGAAGCCUCUUUGCUUCACCAGUUCCAAGCUGAUGCCGAUGAUAUCGAUGCCUGGAUGUUGGACAUCCUUAGGAUUGUCUCCAGCAAUGAUGUUGGUCAUGAUGAAUAUUCCACUCAGUCUUUGGUCAGGAAACACAAAGAUGUUGCCGAAGAGAUCGCAAACUAUAGAUCUGUCAUUGACUCUCUUCAUGAGCAGGCGAAGGCUCUGCCACAAGAACAUGCUGAAUCUGCAGAUGUGCAGGGCAGGUUGUCUGGAAUAGAGGAAAGAUACAAAGAGGUGGCUGAACUGACCCGGCUCCGUAAGCAAGCAUUACAAGAUACCCUUGCUCUGUAUAAGAUGUUCAGUGAAGCAGAUGCAUGUGAACUUUGGAUUGAUGAAAAGGAGCAGUGGCUUAACAGUAUGCAGAUUCCAGAGAAGCUAGAAGACCUGGAAGUGAUCCAGCACAGAUUUGAAAGCUUAGAACCAGAAAUGAACAAUCAGGCAUCCCGUGUUGCAGUGGUAAAUCAGAUUGCUAGACAGCUGAUGCACAGUGGUCAUCCAAGUGAGAAGGAGAUCAAGGCACAGCAAGAUAAACUGAACACAAGGUGGAGCCAGUUCCGAGAACUGGUAGACAGAAAGAAGGAUGCUCUUAUCUCUGCUCUAAGUAUCCAGAACUACCAUCUGGAAUGUAAUGAAACCAAAUCCUGGAUUAGGGAAAAAACCAAAGUAAUUGAAUCCACACAAGAUCUGGGCAACGAUCUGGCUGGAGUAAUGGCCCUUCAGAGGAAGUUGACGGGUAUGGAACGUGAUUUGGUAGCUAUUGAGGCUAAGCUAAGCGACCUGCAAAAAGAGGCAGAAAAGCUGGAAUCUGAGCAUCCUGACCAGGCCCAGGCCAUCCUGUCGAGGCUUGCGGAGAUCAGUGAUGUGUGGGAAGAGAUGAAAACCACCCUAAAGAACCGUGAAGAGUCCCUUGGAGAGGCAAGCAAACUGCAGCAGUUCUUACGUGACUUGGAUGACUUCCAGUCCUGGCUGUCCAGAACCCAGACUGCGAUUGCCUCAGAAGAUAUGCCAAACACAUUGGCCGAGGCUGAAAAGCUCCUCACUCAGCAUGAGAAUAUUAAGAAUGAGAUUAACAAUUAUGAAGAAGACUACCAGAAAAUGAGGGACAUGGGUGAGAUGGUAACACAAGGGCAGACUGACGCACAGUAUAUGUUCUUACGCCAACGUCUGCAGGCUUUGGACACAGGAUGGAAUGAGCUUCACAAAAUGUGGGAGAAUAGGCAAAGUCUCCUCUCACAAUCCCAUGCCUACCAACUCUUUCUCAGAGAUACCAAGCAAGCAGAAGCAUUUCUCAAUAACCAGGAAUAUGUUUUGGCACAUACUGAAAUGCCCACCACCUUGGAAGGAGCAGAAGCUGCUAUUAAAAAGCAGGAGGAUUUUAUGACCACGAUGGAUGCCAAUGAGGAAAAGAUCAACGCAGUUGUAGAAACUGGCAGGAGACUAGUUAGCGAUGGGAACAUUAACUCUGACAAGAUCCAAGAGAAGGUGGACUCUAUCGAUGACAGACAUAGGAAGAAUCGUGAAGCAGCCAGUGAGCUUCUGAUGAGAUUGAAAGACAACAGGGAUCUUCAAAAGUUUCUUCAGGAUUGCCAGGAGCUGUCACUUUGGAUCAAUGAGAAGAUGCUUACAGCCCAGGAUAUGUCUUAUGAUGAAGCAAGGAACUUACACAGCAAGUGGUUAAAACACCAGGCAUUCAUGGCAGAACUUGGAUCCAAUAAGGAAUGGCUGGACAAAAUUGAAGAGGAAGGGAUGCAACUCAUUGCAGAGAAGCCAGAGACUGAGGUCAUAGUGAAAGAAAAGCUGACAGGUCUACACCAAAUGUGGGAGGAGCUUGAAUCUACCACUCAGACCAAGGCUCAGCGACUCUUUGAUGCAAAUAAAGCAGAGCUGUUCACCCAGAGUUGUGCUGAUCUGGAUAAAUGGCUGAAUGGCUUGGAGUGCCAGAUACAAUCUGAUGACUAUGGAAAGGAUCUUACCAGCGUCAACAUUCUGUUGAAAAAACAACAGAUGCUUGAGAACCAAAUGGAUGUUCGUAAGAAGGAGAUAGAAGAGCUACAAAGCCAGGCACAGGCUUUGAGCCAGGAGGGGAAGAGUACUGAUGAGGUGGAUGGUAAACGUCUAAUUGUAGAGCAGAAAUUUUUGGAAUUACUGGAACCUUUAACUGAAAGGAAGGCAAAUCUAUUGGCCUCCAAAGAGAUCCACCAGUUCAACAGGGAUGUAGAAGAUGAGAUUUUGUGGGUUGGCGAGAGGAUGCCUAUAGCAACAUCUACUGAUCAUGGACAUAACCUCCAGACUGUUCAGCUACUAAUAAAGAAAAAUCAGACACUUCAGAAAGAAAUCCAAGGGCAUCAGCCUCGCAUCGAUGACAUUUUUGAGAGGAGCCAGAAUAUCCUUACAGACAGCAGCCCUAAUGCCGAAGCGAUUCAGCAGCGACUUGGUGACUUGCAGCAGCUGUGGAACCUCCUAAUUGAGGAGACAGAGAAACGCCACAAGCGCCUGGAGGAGUCUCACAGAGCACAACAGUAUUACUUCGAUGCUGCUGAGGCUGAGGCCUGGAUGAGCGAGCAGGAGCUGUAUAUGAUGUCAGAAGAGAAAGCUAAGGAUGAACAGAGUGCAGUAUCCAUGUUGAAGAAGCACCAGAUUUUGGAACAGGCUGUAGAAGACUAUGCUGAGACAGUGCAUCAGCUUUCCAAGACCAGCAGAACUUUGGUUGCAGACAGUCAUCCAGAAAGCGAGCGCAUCAGUAUGCGGCAGUCCAAGGUAGAUAAGCUGUAUGCAGGCCUGAAGGAUCUAGCUGAAGAGAGGAGGGGCAAACUGGACGAGAGACACAGGCUCUUUCAGCUUAACCGGGAAGUGGAUGACUUGGAGCAGUGGAUUGCUGAGAGGGAGGUGGUGGCUGGAUCACAUGAGCUGGGACAGGAUUACGAACAUGUAACGAUGCUACAAGAGCGAUUCCGUGAAUUUGCUCGAGACACUGGAAACAUUGGACAGGAGCGGGUUGAUACUGUUAACCAUAUGGCUGACGAGCUCAUCAAUUCAGGACAUUCUGAUGCUGCCACCAUUGCAGAAUGGAAAGAUGGUCUCAAUGAGGCAUGGGCUGACCUGUUGGAGCUCAUUGACACAAGAACACAGAUUCUAGCUGCCUCUUAUGAACUGCAUAAAUUUUACCAUGAUGCCAAGGAGAUCUUAGGACGUAUCCAAGAUAAACAUAAGAAGUUACCUGAAGAACUUGGUAGAGACCAAAAUACAGUGGAAACACUACAGAGAAUGCACACAACGUUUGAACAUGAUAUCCAAGCUUUGGGCACCCAGGUGAGACAACUGCAGGAGGAUGCUGCACGUCUUCAGGCUGCCUAUGCUGGGGACAAGGCUGAUGACAUCCAGAAGAGGGAGAACGAAGUCCUAGAAGCCUGGAAAGCUCUGCUAGAUGCCUGCGAGGGACGCAGGGUUAGACUGGUAGAUACAGGGGACAAAUUCCGUUUCUUCAGCAUGGUUCGGGAUCUCAUGCUUUGGAUGGAAGAUGUUAUUCGGCAGAUUGAAGCCCAGGAGAAGCCAAGGGAUGUCUCAUCUGUUGAAUUACUAAUGAACAAUCACCAGGGUAUUAAAGCGGAAAUUGAUGCCCGCAAUGACAGUUUUACUACCUGCAUUGAACUUGGCAAAUCUCUCCUGGCAAGAAAACACUAUGCAUCAGAAGAGAUCAAGGAAAAGCUACUGCAGUUGACAGAGAAGAGGAAAGAAAUGAUUGACAAAUGGGAAGACAGAUGGGAAUGGCUGAGACUCAUUUUGGAGGUACAUCAGUUUUCAAGGGAUGCUAGUGUGGCAGAGGCCUGGCUGCUGGGGCAGGAGCCAUACCUAUCCAGCCGUGAGAUAGGUCAAAGUGUGGAUGAAGUGGAAAAGUUAAUUAAGCGGCAUGAAGCAUUUGAGAAAUCUGCAGCUACUUGGGAUGAAAGGUUUGCAGCACUGGAACGACUGACUACGUUGGAGUUACUGGAAGUACGUCGACAGCAAGAGGAAGAGGAGAGAAAGAGGCAACCUCCUUCUCCAGAGCCAAGUCCAAAGGUCACAGAUGACGCAGAUUCACAACAGCAAUGGGAUGGCACAAAAGGAGAACAAAUUUCCCAGAAUGGUUUGCCGUCAGACCAGGAGUCUCCACGGAUGGCAGAAACAGUAGAGACAAAUGAAAUGGUCAAUGGAGCUGCAGAGCAGAGAACAAGUUCAAAAGAAUCUAGUCCUGUUCCUUCCCCAACAACAGACCGCAAAGCCAAGACUGCCUUUCAGGCUCAGACCGCUGCUACCCUUCCAGCCAAAACACAGGAGACCCCAUCUGCUCAGAUGGAGGGCUUCUUGCACCGUAAACAUGAAUGGGAGACACACAGCAAGAAAGCCUCAAGCAGAUCCUGGCAUAACGUGUACUGUGUUAUAAACAACCAAGAGAUGGGCUUCUACAAAGAUUCCAAGGCUGCUGCUUCUGGCAUUCCUUACCACAAUGAAAUCCCUGUCAGUUUGAAAGAAGCAGUCUGUGAAGUAGCAGUUGAUUACAAAAAGAAGAAACACGUGUUCAAGCUAAGACUAAGUGAUGGCAAUGAGUACCUCUUCCAAGCCAAAGAUGAUGAGGAAAUGAACACAUGGAUUCAGGCGAUCACAUCUGCUAUCUCCUCUGACAAAAUUGAAGUGUCUCCAAGCACACAAAGCACUCCAGCUUCUAGUCGUGCCCAAACCCUGCCAGCCAGUGUUACAAUAACCAGCGAAUCCAGUCCUGGCAAGCGGGAGAAGGACAAAGAAAAAGACAAAGAGAAGAGAUUCAGCCUUUUUGGUAAAAAGAAGUGAACUCCAUCUCCACACACACCCUGCACUUCUCUGACCUUUCCAGUGGAAUUCCAGCAUGCAAGCUCAGAACCAAUACAUUACUAUCUGUGCCUAAUGUUCCUCAAUGUGAUUUAAAUUUUUUUAUUUAUAGAGCAUUUAAAAAAGCCAACAAAAAAAAAAAAGAAUCUAAAGUUACAAAUGUUUGAGGUGCAUUGGGCAGCUUCUGUACGAGAGGGAGGACCAGAUUUUGUUUUUGUUUUUGUUUUUUUUAAUGAAGUUAAUGUAGAUUAGAUCUUAAUAUUUAAACUGUUCCUCAAUUUUGUGAGGCUGUCUUGAAAAAUAACCCACAUCUAGUGAUAUUGGUAUGCAAGGCAGCGGUGCUUACAAAUUUCCUGUGCACAUUGAAGACAACUGUACAAAUUUUCAAACAUGUUCACUUCUAUUUAAGGUUGUUAUGCUGAGUCUUGACUAGUAGAGCCUCCCAUUACAGUUCUAACCUUUAUUAAAAUGAUAGUGUAUUAUCUUUGCUGUAACAGAGUGCAGGUAUGCAUUAACUUACGGACAAACCAUUUAUAUCCUGGCAUCAGUUAUUAACACAACCUGAAGCUUUUCUGCAUCCAGUACGACAGUUAAGAAUGUUGGUGUACAAGAAGGAUUAGCAUACUGAUACAGUUUUAAAUAAUCUGUAAUUUCGAAUUUUUUUGCUGAAAUACAUUAUAUUGUAUGUUUCAGAUAAUUCUAGUACAAAGUAUAAUAAGACUAGAUGUAUAAUAAACCCUUUAAAAAUCAUUGAUAAGUGUAAAAGUGGAACUGAAGCAUUUACUGGAAAAAAAAAGUAAUGUUACUCAAAUGGUUACUUGCUUGUCAGCUACAGCACUGUGUGUUAUAAUUUUGCUACAUUACCUUGCUAUUUGAUACAUAGUGUGCAUUCUCUGUCACUGUAACUAUUGUAAUGAAAAAUUUUCAUCUUACUGCACAAUCAGAAACUACAUUUAAUAGGAAUGAACUCUCAAUGACUGGGCCUGUAGUCAGAGUAGUACUGGAACUGGCUUUCAGUUGUAUGGAACUGUACCUCUAGACUUUUACCCUAUCUGUUAAAUAUAUGCUAUGUCAUUAAAUGCUUUUAAAACUAAAUACAGUGGUAGUUGUUUAUUUUGCUUCUGACCAUGUCAAACAGUAAUUUUGAAACUGGAUCAAAGGAAAAUUUAUUUCAAAAUAGCAUCAUUCCUUUGGUAAUGAAGGUAAAUGGCCUGUCUGUUUAAAAACUGUAUGCAAGGGUGUUUCAGAAUCUAACAGCAAUUUUAAAAUAAAACCAUUUUGUGUGCAAUGAUUGUUUACUGGGCUACAUCAAUCGUCGUAAAUGAUCAGGAGGUGCAACAGAUGCCACCACCAGUGUUCCUGGGUGCUGUUUGCCAUUUUACUAUUAGUUUCUGAAAUGCGCGCGCACAUGUGUGUGUGCGUGUGUGUGUAAUCCCUUAUUAGGAGGAGUUCUUAUGAAAGCCAAAAAAUCCCCAAAACAAUGUGGUGGCUGAGAAGUUAAAGCCUGUGAGAAAUUCCCUACCUGUAAAAUGUUGGAAAGUUUCAGGUUUUUUCCUUCACUAAAAGUAAACCUAGCAGAAUCAAUUUAGCUAAGCUUUGUAAGGCAGCCUGUAACUUAAACACUAGAAUCUGUUAGUCUGUUUAAUUUCAUUUCAUGCCUUAUUAUUAAGCUUUAAAAAAACAGAGUUUAUCUUGAGAUAAAGCCACUAGUAUAUUUGAAGUUAUUUCAAGGCUCCAUGUUCAACAUGGUACAUAAAACAAAAAAAGUCAAAGUUGUUGGGUAAAAUGAUGAUCCCCUUUUAAUGCAGUUAAGAUCCAGAACCAAAACUUAAUAAUAAAGUUUAGCAUAGCCUUAUCAAAUGGUUAUAUACAACAUACUUUUUAUUAUCUCAGUCCUCUUUUUUUAUGACAGAGACUGUAACCACCUCAAUUUUUAAGAAUAUUCAUCAAGUGGGAAGCUACCCAGAGCAGUCAACUAAAAGCAUCUCCAGGAAGCUCUAAUCCAUAUUAAGGGAAAUGUUUUAAGAGGUCAGUGAAAAAUAACUAAUCAGUUUUUACAUCUGAAGGAUUAAUAAAAUAUACUCUGAAUGUAAAUGCAAAUCCUAAAUGGAUUUAGUUUUAAAUACCCAGCAAGAUCCUUUUAAACCUAAAUCUUUAACAUGGAGAGGGGUGUAAUUAGCCAUGUUAAUCAGAAGGCAGGAUAGAAGUGCACUUUAUUGGCUAACUGAAUCAGCUGCACAAACUUUCAUGAGCAGCAGCUCACUUCAUCAGAUGUAGAUAGUAUGUCUGAUUCAGUUAGUCUAUAAGGUGCACUUCCACCCUGUCUAACAUGGAGAUGAUAUCAUAUCACUGUCUUUAUUUCUGUCAUGGAGAGCUAGUGUAUAUUUCUACUGGGAAUUUUUUUUUUUUGCUGUUUUUUAUUUAGCUUUAUUAUAUAAAUGUUGAGACUUAUGGGUUUUUACUGGUGUGAUGUUGACUGUUUUAGCUUGGUUAGUGGCACAUGGGUAGAGGAUAACACCAGCAGUCUUGUAUGUGUGAAACUGAAUUAAAAAAAAAGUGCAAAGUUUACUCUGUCAGAAUAGAAUAUGAACUAUUAUUCACAGUUGAUUAAAAUAUACCAUACUGUUGAUGACGUA